AUGAGGGGGGGGGACUUCCUCACCGCCACAAACACAAACCAAAGCGAACGUGACUCCGCCGUGGAUCUAGCGUCGGUCCUGCAUUGGCGGACAAAGAGCCCCGACCCGCGGCGACAGGCAUCUCCCGCUGCCCCUGGUGCUCCUGGUGCUUCUGGUGCUCCCGUGCGGCUCAGUGCGUCUCCGCUCGUGACGUCCCAGCGGCACACGGGACAGAGGAAGCAGGUGGCGUGCGAGCGGGACGGGGGCACGGGGUUAAGCCUCCAAACACAAUGUCGCUACAAUAAAGUGGCACACACAGGCUCCACUCAGGUCCAAUCUGGAUCUGAGAGGAUCGCAAUCUCAUCAGCGUUUUACACAAGUAUUGGUUCUUGCGGCUGCCGGUAA